CCCUCAGCGCCUGCCUUCCCACCUGGGAUGCGUCAGACCCCGCUGGGCUCUUCUCAGCCACCACUUCUGCUUCUGAUCACCGUCAGCACAAUGAUCUCAGGACACAGCACCAGCUCUGGAAUCAGACACAUCUGGAUUCAAGGCUCCCUCUGCCCCAUUGACCUUGGGCAAUCACUUAACCUCUCUGAGACUUCAUUUCUUCUUGGAACUGCCCAGCCCUCCAUCUGUGUGGUUUGAAGCAAAAUUUUUCCACCACGUCCUCCGCUGGAUACCCAUCCCAAAUCAGUCUGAGAGCACCUAUUAUGAAGUGGAGCUCAUGAGGUAUGGAGAAGAGCGCUGGAAGUCUGUCCCCAGCUGUAACCAGACCCUGGCGCUAUCCUGUGAUCUCACCAUGGUGACCCUGGACCUGUACCACAGCGAUGGUUACCGAGCCAAAGUCCGGGCAGUGGAUGGAAGCCAGCAUUCCACCUGGACCCUCAGCAACACCCGCUUCACUGUGGAUGAAGUGACUCUGACAGUUGGUGGCGUGAAGCUAGAGAUGCACAAGGGCAUCAUCCUGGGAACGAUCCAGCCUCCCAGGCCCGAGGUGGCCCUUCCAGGCGACACAUACGAAAGCAUCUUCCCUAACUUCCGAGAGUAUGAGGUUGAGAUUCGCAAGGGAGAGCGUACGUUGAUAAGCAAGAAGGUAAAACAUGAAAACUUCAGCUUCCCAGCCCCUGGAAAGGUGGGAGAGUUCUGUGUCCGGGUCAAGCCGUCCUACACCUCCCGACUGAACCAGGGGGAGUGGUCGAAGGAGGAGUGCAUCGUGGUCACCCCACAGUAUUUCACUGCGACCAACUUCAGCAUCUUCUUCGCCUUCUUCCUGCUGCUCUGUGGACUCCUGGCCUACUGCCUGGCCCUGCAGCUGUAUGUGCGGCGCCGGGGGAAGCUGCCCGCCGUCCUGGUCUUCGAGAAGCCCGGUCCCUUCAGCCUCAUCAGCCAGCUUCCCUGCCCAGAGACCCGUGACGUCAUCCAUCCCCUGGACGAGGAGGCCUUCCCCAAGGUGUCCCCUGAGCUGAGGAACUCGGAGCUGCACGGCAGCACGGACAGUGGCUUUGGCAGUGCCAAGCCAUCCCUGCAGACUGAAGAGCCCCACUUCCUCCUCCCUGCCCCCCACCCCCAGGCGGGGGAGACUCUGGGAAAGGGAGCGCCCCCGGAGCUGGAGAACAGUGGCAGUAGCGGCAGCAGCAACAGCACGGACAGCGGGAUCUGCUUGCAGGAGCCCAGCCUGAGUCCUGGCACGGGGCUCAACUGGGAGCCGCAGGAGAACAACAGCCAGGGCCAGGAUGACAGUGGCAUUGGCCUAGUCCAAAACUCCGAGGGACGUCCUGGGGAGGCACGGGAUGGCUCAGCCUUGGGCCAUGUCGGUUCCCCGGGGCCUGAGGUGUCUGGGGAAGAAGACCCAGCUGCGGUGGCAUUCCAGGGCUACCUGAGGCAGACCAGAUGCACAGAGGAGGAGGCAGGCUGCCUGGAGGAAGGGUCCUCCUCAACAGAUGGCCUUGGCCCCGAAUUCAGGACGUGCCUGGAUGCCGAGGCAGGCUGGCCUCCACCAGCGCUGGCCAAGGGCUAUUUGAAACAGGAGCCCCCAGGAGUGACUCUCGCUGCCUCAGGGGCCCCAGCUGGACAGUGGAACCCACCAAAUGAGGAAUGGUCACUCCUGGGCUUCGCCAGCUAUGGUGACCCCGAAAUGUCUGACUGGAGCUUUGCCCAUGAUCUCGCCCCUCUGGAACCUGUGGCAGCCCCGGGCGGUCUCCUGGGCACAUUGGACUCGGACCUUGUCACCCUGCCACUCAUCUCUAGCCUGCACUCGAUUGAGUGACUUGGGCUGAGGACUGCUGUUGAUUUCAGCCAUCCGGGGACCAGGAGGAGGGGCCCCAGGGGUCAGCAGUGAAACAUAGGCCAGUGUGGGCACCGUUCCGCAAGCCCAGUGGGGCCAGCCCUAGCAGGCCUGGCAGAGCUGGCGAAGGUGCCUGGAGCAGGAGAGGCUCUCUUGCUAAACCGGUGCAGGCCGUGUGGGUGGCACUGACCUGUUUUGCAGACAGGGUCCUGCAGACUCCGGCAGAGCUGAGAAGGCAGGGCAGAGACCGCCUCCCUCCUUGCGACUCUUCCUGUUUCAUAAAGGAUUAUUUGCUCAGGGGAAUCGCGGUGUUUUCUGGAGUUGUGGUGAGGCCGCCAGGCUGAAGUCAGCUCAGACCCAGGCCUCCCCCUUAGGCCAGCCGUGUGUCAAGCCCUCCAGCAGGAUGGAGGGCUGGGAGGAUGGGGACCUCAGGGACUUGCUGCAGGAGGCAUUUCUAGCGGGAGAGGAGGGAGCAGAGACCAAGUUUGACCUCUGGAAGGGUCAGAGCUGACCAUCAGCCUGGGGUGGUUGCAGGGAGGAGCUCCCUCCCAGGCGGGGAGCUUGUCAUGGGAGAUCUUAAGGUGUGUCUGUCCUGGUCAUGGAGUUAGCCAGUCAGCCAUCAUUAUGGAGCCACAGGGGGACAAAGAAAGCUGAGACCCAGAAGGGGACUCUGGGCUCAGAACUGGUCCCUCUGGGGAUGUCUCGUGUCCAUCUGCAGACAGCUCCCUCUUUCCAGCAAAUAGAGCAGCAUUCCACUGGGGCACUUUCCGUGGCCAAGCCACUCACUAUCCCCACCCUGCUGCCCCCACCAUCUUGCUGACAGUACCAGAGAAACCAUGGUUGUCUGUAUUGGUCAGAACUCUUCAGACAGCCUCUGGGCUUGGGCACCAGCUCAGCUGCCCCAGAAGGUUGCGGUUGGGACCUGCGCUUGUGUUUGCUGCUAAUGUUCAGCUACAGACCCGUAGGACAGGGCACUGGGCUGGGAUCCCUGCUCUCAGUGUUCAGCUGUGCGACCCUGGUCCAGCCACUUCUCAAAGGGCCUCAGUUACUCCAUCUGUGAAAUAAGGGGCCCUCCAUGCUGGAUAUUAACCAAGCUGUCCUGUGGGGUGUCAUUGCCAACCCUCUCUGACUCUGAGCUAGGAGAAAGUGAACUCCGGAACCCAUGUCUGAGCAAAGCCAGCUGCUUUCUCAGGCUGCAGACUCCCAGAUCUCAGCAUGGCAUCAUGCUAAGAGAGCGUCCAGACACAGCCCAGAAUGGGGGGCAGGGGCAGGUCCUGCUCCCCGUGGUCACUUUGGAAUCUGUCUUCAAAGCCAGUUUACAAUCCACGGGCGAGGAAGCUGGGGGGAGUGACAGGCCUGGGGCAGGCUCCCCAGAGUCGUCACAUGACCCUGCAUUUUUCUGUGGCAUUCUGAGAAUAGACAUUCCUGCCCAGAAAAUCCCGCCCGAACCCCUUGCACUCUGCCCAGAAGUUCUUGGGUGCCAGUCCAAUGACAACUCCCCCUGGAGACUGAGGCCGGCGGGAGGACUCCUCUGGGUUCCCUGGGAAGCUUUACUUAUUUAUUUUGUUCAUUUAUUUAUUGGAGAGGCAGCAUAGCACAGUGAAAGAAUUCUGGGUAUUUCAAGAGCCUGGGAGUUCUAGUUCUGACUCCACUGUUUCUUACAUUGGGUGACCUUGGGACAGUCACUUUUCCUUAUCUGUUUUCUCAUCUGUACACUGAGGAGCCUCAGUUUCCUCAUCUGUAAAACCUGACUUGUUCCAUUCAUAGGGACGUUAGGUUCCAUUGAGGACAUGGAUGUGAAUGUACCUUGAACACAAAGCUCUGUAAAUGAAUGAUGUAUAGUUUUUAUCCAAUAAAUUGUUAGGACUACAGGAAUCUUGUGAAACCAGUCAGAUUUCUGGUGACACAGUGGCUGGUGGAGGACUCAAGCCGUUGAUCAUUAAGAAUGAUAAUGAAUAAAUGUGUGGUGUCACUUUAAGGUAACAGGACCAAGGACUCAGACCCACAUCAGGCAGACUCAGGUAUAGGGUCUCAUACUAACAUUAUUGUCUGUGACCUUGGGCAAAUUACUUACCCUCUCUAAGUGCGUUUCCUUGUCUAUAAAAUGCGAAUAAUAAUUCCUCCCGGGAUGUUUAAAUGAGAUCAUGUGUAAAGAGUUUAACAUGGUGCCAGGCAUGUGAUGGUCCGUGCAUAAAUAGCUGUCGUCAGCUUUUAAAAUUGUAAAGGGAAAUGGACAGUUUUUCUUGGAAAUGGGUGAAAACGAAAGAGAGAAUGAAAACGUCUAUAGGAAAUUGCUGAAAGAGUAUGUAAUGAACGUAAAGAAGUAUGUAAAGAGUAUGUGAUAUAAUGAAAGAGAUCAUGAAAAUGUAUGUAAAUGAAAGAGUAAAAGGGGUUCUUUCAGCCACUGAAAAGGAAACGGGAAGCGUAACACAGUGUUUUGGAUGUGAAUUCUGACAAUUCGGAAAGGAGACCCUGGAAGCCCCUCCCUUCUGGAAAGACAGCAAACCAGACCUCCCGGGAGCGCCACCACCCGUUCCCCUCGACCUGGAGGUGUGUCCUGGGGUGUUUCUCGUAAGUGUAGAAGCCUCUGCAUUCUCUUAAAAGCAGCCUGCUCCUUCCACGAAAAGCCACACGUGGGUUUGACUCUCUCCAAGCUCGGCCCAGCGGGUGGAGCCAACCCCGGGCCUGUGGUCUGAGUCUCCGGUGUACUUUGUUCUUCAUCCCAGCCUGGAUCCUCGAGGAGGUAACCGUGGACACCUCAUCUCUUUUCCCCUGUGUCCUCUCCAGCGAUGCCUCUCCCCUGUCACUCAGAAAAUACCGGGUUCUGGGGAAGCGCUGAUCCUAUCGUCUUCAGAGAACCUGACUAAUAUCACACCAUUUAGGACCUGCUCAGACUUUUGCCCUCACGGCCUCCAUGCCUGAUGGGUAAAAGGUGUGGGGUUGGUCGCCUUUUCCUGGAAAUGAGAGUUAGAGAUGGCUUCUGUCCCAAGGAAAAGGCCCCUGAGGUAGAUUGGGUGAAGACGACAGAGAGGCGAAUAUAAAGAUUCAGAGAACGAGAAGAAUCAUCCUCAAGGAACUGGGGCCAGUUUGGUUGGAGGAGACGAAACAUGGAGGAGCCGAAGGAGGGAGUGGGGUCCGAGGCUGUGGGCUCUGGUACAGGCCGUGCCUGUUUCCCUUCUGUAGGAUGAGUGGGAGUUUGUGCUGGGUCUCCUCUGCUUUUAAGCUGCUGUCUGACUGCCCAGCACAGCUGGGGCUGUGGGAGAAAUUGAGAGAGUUCUUCCAAACAGCCGGGCAGUAAGACACUUCCACGCUUCUCAAGAAUUCAGAUUAAAGUCCCCAGGAGAAGGUC